GCGAAGUUGGUGCAUGCGCUACGAAGCAAAACACCAUUACUUUAAGAGGUUGGCAAUAGUGAUUAGUAAUUUUAUAAACUUACCAUACUCGUUGGCAAAGAGGCACCAAGAAGGAGUUUGUUAUCGCCUACAGUUUGCUGAAGGUGGAAAUAGCACGUUUAUUUGCAAAGGCACUGAAAUUAUGCCAGGUAAAACAUUAUAUUUUGGUGAUGUUGAAGAGAGUGGGCUCAUUCGAACAGAAUCUCCUGAAGUGAACAGACAAACACCAUUGUAUAGUACCAAAUGGAUUACUAUCAAUGGAAAAAAAUAUAAAGUAGGAGCUACUGUCCACAUUGGUUAUGAUUAUGUUCAAUUUCGCCAGUUUUGGGAAGUUAUUGGUAUUUAUAUCAUUAACCAAAAUGUUGCAAAUGCCAUGUUUGUUGUUUCAAGAAAACAGACUGUCAGGUUUUCUGAACAUUAUCAGGCUUAUGAAGUUGCUCAGUCAAAACAGAAAGAAAUUAAAAUUAAAUAUUUUAAAGAGUUAACCUCACAUUUGCCAUUUAACUUGAUAAAGUCAUUUGGCUGUAACACAAAAUACAUUUGCCAUAGAUAUGAAAUAGAUGUAGAAUAAAUUUUAGUUUCCUGAACACAGCAUAUUCAUGCGUUGCGUUAUCGUAAUGUAUAUAUUAUGGCCUUUCAAAAAAGCUGAUUAUCUUUGUAGAAAUUA